AUGACCGAACCGAAGGCAAAGAAGAUUAGAUUAUUUCAACAAAUAUGGCAAGAGAAAUAUGGCUGUAUCGAAACUGGUGACCGUGUGGUGUGUUGCCUAUGUGGAGAUACAAUUACCGGUCGAACUUACAAUAUAGAGAGGCAUUUUUUUUCCAAACAUGAAGCUGUAAGUGACAUGCCAAAAGAUGAAAAAUUAGAACACAUCAAGAAACACGUAUUGAAUUUUAAUAGUCAAAAAGGGGUUUUACAGAAGUUUGUAACGCAACAUCACUAUUCAACAACUGCUAGCUAUGCAGCAGCCCUUGCGAUUGCACGCAACGGAAAACCAUUUUCAGACGGUGAAUAUUUAAAGACCGCAUUUAUUGAAUGCUCCGAACAUCUUUUUAAUGAUUUUAAAAAUAAAAGAGAAUUCUUGGCCAGAAUUAAAGAAAUUCCAUUAUCAGCAAGAACUGUUCAGCGACGUAUAAAACAUAUGGCUGAAGACAUUGAUAUUCAGAUCAAAACCGAUUUAUUAUCGAGCAACGUUAUUAGUAUUUCCCUGGAUGAAAGCAAUGACAUAAAUAAUAUGGCAAGACUUGCAAUUAUUGCUCGAUUUGCAUCAAUUAAUUGCACAAAAGUCCAGGAGGAAUUGUGCGUUCUUGCUUCAAUGGAUGGAACAACGAAAGGCUCUGAUAUUCUCAUUAAAGUUCAGGAGUUCACCCAGUUUGGAAAUGAGAGAUUUUUGGAUUUAAAAAAGAAACUGUUUUCCAUAACAACUGAUGGUGCUCCGUCUAUGAGGGGGAAAAAUAUUGGAUUUGUGAAAUUGUUAGAAAAUCAACUUGGUCGUCCUCUCUUAUCUUUUCAUUGCAUUAUACACGAGGAGAAUUUAUGUGCAAAGGCGUCAAUGAAAGAACUUAAUAAUGUAAUGAAGACGGUUGUUAAAAUUGUUAACAUAAUUACAGCACGUUCUGCUUUAACACACAGACGCUUCAAAUCUUUUUUACAGGAAAUUGAAGCGGAGUAUGGAAGUUUGCUGUUGCACUCUGAAGUUCGUUGGUUAAGCAGAGGGAAGGUACUUAAUAGAUUUAUAGAUUGCUUUGAUGCAAUACAAAUAUUUCUGGUUGAAAUCGGAGAAAAUUAUCCCGAACUUGAUGAUAAGAAAUGGUUCUUAAAACUUUUGUUCUUAACGGAUAUAAUGAACCAUUAUAAUGAAUUCAACAAACGACUUCAAGGUAACGGUCAUACAAUUUUAAAAUUAUUUGAAGAAUGGAAGAGUUUUUGCUCAAAAAUAGUUUUAUUUGAAACAGAUGUAAAAACUCGUAAGUUUAACUAUUUCUUACAUCUUAAAAGUCAAGAAGAAAAAGGCACUAUUGAUGAUUCCGAUGUAAAGACAUUUGAGUCUUAUAUUAAUAGCAUGAAAGACGAAUUUGAAUUUAGAUUUCAAACUUUGAAAACGCACGGCCCAAUGUUUACGUUUAUAACGAAGCCGGAUGUAGUUGAUGAAACUAUUUUAGAAUUACAAUAUUUUGAGUUCCUCGAAAUCACCAAUUUCAGCUUAGAACUGAUUGAUUUGAAAAGUUUCACUUUAUGGACUGAUAAAUUUGAAACUUUACGUCGCGAUUUAGAAAAAACUGAAGACAAUCAUCUUGAUAUAAUAUCCACAUGCUGGGCAUCUCUUCCAACAAAGUUUACAUGCCUAAAAAAAGUUGCAUUUGCUCUUUUAUCUGCAUUUGGAUCAAGUUAUAAUUGUGAACAAACAUUUUCACAAAUGAAGUAUAUAUUAAAUAAAAACAGGAGUAGUUUGACUACGGAGCAUUCUGAUGAAUGUGUCCGACUUAAGGUAUCAACAUAUGAACCAAACUUGUCCAAAUUAACUGCAACAGCACAGCAUCAUGGAAGUCACUAA